CCUCAUCAUAUAAAAGCGGCUGAACGAUGCGCUUGUGCAGACCUUUGAGAGUUAGUCCUCAGCAGUGAAUACGGCAGUUUUACGCACAGCUCAUGUACAAACGUGGCACACUUCGCGUUUAUUUUGCCAUUCGUUAGUAAGUGUUGACGCUUAAAGACUAUCAUGGAGGUUAAUACUACUCUAUCAAAACGCAACUUAGACUUGCGCAUCUUGGCGCAGAAACUUCUUUCUUCGGCGAACCGGUCACAGCCAUUUCUGGACAACGAAACGGAGAGCUUAUCAGAGGAGGAUUUGGACGUGAAUACAGACAUCUAUUCUAAAGUUUUGGUGACUGUGAUUUACGUGGUGUUGUUUUUAAUUGGGUGUUUGGGAAACUCGAUCACCUUAUACACACUUCUCACCAAGAAAUCUCUCCAAAACCUCCAGAGCACGGUGCACUAUCACCUGGCGAGUCUGGCCAUAUCCGACCUGCUCAUCCUGGUCCUCUGCAUGCCAAUUGAGUUGUACAACUUCAUCUGGGUGCACCACCCGUGGGCUUUUGGGGAGGCUGUAUGUAAAGGCUACUACUUUCUCCGGGACGGCUGCUCGUACGCGACGGCGUUCAACAUCGCCAGCCUGAGCGUGGAGCGCUUUAUGGCCAUCUGCCACCCGUUCAAGGCGAAGAGCAUCAUGUCGCGGAGCCGCACCAAGAAACUCAUCAGUGCCAUGUGGAUAGCCUCAUUUUUCCUCGCCACUCCGAUGCUCUUCACGAUGGGACAGCAACUGAUGAACGAUGAAUAUAUAUGUACAACCAUCGUGUCCUCGAUAACUGCUAAAACCGUCCUACAGUUGAAUGCCUUCCUGUCAUUUGUGGUCCCCAUGGCACUGAUCUCAGCAUUAAAUGGAGUCAUAGCCAGUCAGCUGCUGCGCAUGUUUCGGGAGUCUGCCCAGGACAACCGUGUCUGUAUCAUUGGAGGAAAUGCUACCAUGCUCAGUGUUGCUGUUGAGCCCAAUCGUGCCCAGUCAAUGCGCCAUGGAGUCAUGGUUCUGCGGGCUGUGGUCAUUGCUUUUGUGGUGUGCUGGCUGCCCUACCAUGCCCGGAGACUAAUGUACUGCUAUGUCACUGAAUGGACAACUGCUCUCUACGAUUUCUACCACUACUUCUACAUGGUCACCAAUGUGCUCUUCUAUGUCAGCUCGGCUAUCAACCCCAUCCUCUACAACCUCGUCUCAGCAAACUACAGGCAAAUUUUUUUUUCCACGCUUCGCUACCUAAUCCUGCCAUGCCGCCAUAAGAAGCAGAAGCGCGUUCUUACCAGACACUCUAUCAGCAUCUGCAGCAACCAGACCUUUUCCACCAAUGUCAUCAAAGAAACCAUUUACUGAAGGCUGUCAAGAUUCAGUCAUUCCAUUCCACGAUUUCACCCAGCCAAGGAGAGGCCACUGAGGCGAAGCAUGCUUUCAUAUUGAGUUAUUAUUACAAGAUUUGUUUUUUUAUGUUUGUGCUACUGAAUCAACAUACUGAGCUGUUAAGCAUUGCAGAACUGACACCAGACACUUACGGUAUUUAUGGGAGAAAAUGUAGCACAAAAUAUGCACAGAAAACAAUGUACAAUAUACAGAGAGAAUGCAAAUACAAAAAAAAAGUAAAUCCAUCGUUUCACAUUCAAAAAACAAAAUAUAAUAAUGCUGUACAGCUAAAAGAGUGAAAAGAGGUAAAAUAAUUGAGGGGGUAAAGCGAAAAGACUUCAGACAGUUGUUGUUGAGUACACAGAAUCUUUAUAUCCACCUUAUGUAAUUUGCCAAGAGUGGAAUGACUGUGAACACAAGGACGUUCUCUUUUAUGAAUUUUAUUUCAUUCAAUGGCGCACACCAGGGACUUUCACAGCAGAGGCUGCUAUGUUGCCAAAGAAGGGAUUCUAGCUCACAAUGCACGGAGAAAUUGUCACUAUUCCAUCGCCUUAGCAACAGUCUACACACACAAAAAGCAGCGCUCUUGUGUGCAAAUGGGAGAAAAAUGCUCUACGGGAUGACGAGCAUAACUGACUCAUUAAAUCUAAAGCAGCUGCAUUUAAACACUGCCAUGUUCUGCCGUUUGCAAAGAGAGAAAAGAGAGUCUUCAGAUAGCAUUAACAUUCAUUUGAGGGAAAAGUGCCUCUUUUCUCUUCACAGAUCUUAUGGGGUAAGAUUAUGAUAGAUACACUUCAUGUUGCUUGCACAAUACUAUUGCCUACAAAUAUUUCUGUUGUGUUUAUUAUUAUAUGUUUAUUCUUGCUUAAAAUAUUAGUUGGUUGCUCAUCUGCUACAGAAUUGCACAUAUUUGACUGCUUGGAUAGGAUAUCUGUGAGGCAUGAGUCAUCAUAAAAGAGCAUAAAGAUUUGCAGAAGCCAGCCAAAUCCUUGUUAUCAUUAUCGCUUAGGUCUAGGAGAAGGUUUCAUGUGUUUUUAAAUGCAGAAGAACCACUUAAGUCUUUUUACACAUGCAUUUUAAGAUGCAUUGAUACAUAUUCUAAUCUACACCUUGUGGAUUAAUCCAAUUCAUUUGUCCACUUUGACCACUUCCUUGAUGUUGUUAAGGGCAGAUAAUAUGCAAGUUUGUUCUUGGGAAGCCAUUACUGUAGCAUUCCAUUCAACCUUACUCAAAUACAGUACACCGUACUAAAAAUUAGAAAGUAACAGACAAAAGAGUUUUUGAUCAUUGUAGAAUAGACAAUUCUCAGUUUCAGCACAAUUUGCUUGAAGUAGGUUUGUUAUAAACAACAAAUUCAACUGUUUCUUCUUGUGUAGGUUGCCAUAGUGAAUGACAACUGCUGCCAUGUCUUCAAUGCUUCAUAACACCAAAGCCGCAAGUCUAGCGCAUACUUUUUUCCUGUCAUCAACAGCGGGGUCCAUCACAUGAGUGAUGUUGACCAAUAGGAUCACAGAAUAUCUUUUGGUACACAACUUUUACAAUGGCAGAAAGGAAGACAGAGGACUAUGUUGCUAGGUGGACAUGAAAUGGAAAUCUUUGUGGAGUUAUCGCAAUAGUACGGUUGCAUGUAUUGUGUCAUCAAGGGAUCACUAGGACAGAAUAAAAAGCCUGGUGAGUACUGGAAUUAUCAUGUAAACUAUCAAAUCACUUAUGUUGUCAUUCACAAUGGAAUAUGGGAAACUU